UGGGCUGAACAAGGAGAGAAACACUUUGGCUCACAACAAAACUUCGCCAAUUUUUCAAAGCAUCUUUUUAUUACAGAUUUGCGAUAACAGGUUUACGAACAAAGCAUCUAUGACUACGAUAACGGAGGUCAAUGAAGUGUGAAGAGUUCUCUUUCAUAAGCGAUGCGUAAAGUUGCCACUGAGAAGCAGACCUUCUGCAGCUGUUGUUUCAAACCCUUCGAGAAACCCAAAAGGCUUCCAUGUGGCCACUGUGUCUGUGCUCACAGAGACAACCAAAAUUGUGCCGCAAAAAUUUUAUCCUCACAAGACCGCGAGUGCCCUGUGUAUGCAUGUCGCGAACAAGUGCCCCCCUCCAUAACUAAUGAUAUCAACUCGCUUCCGGACGUCCAAGUAGAUGCAAUGGGACACCCUCUGACUACUCUGGAAGAGAAAAGGAGAGUGGAAAGACAGAAGACAUCGAGCACCGCACAAGUGGCGGCGAGGAGCAGCGAAGUGUCAGGAGGACCUCAGAGUAGUAUUCUUGUCGAAGACAUCAACGGGAACACGUUCAAGAAAGUGCUGAUUUUGGGCAAGACAUGGACAGGCAAAAGUAGCCUGUGCAAUGUCGUGGCAGGCAAAGCCCACGACGCAGACCUGUUCCCAGUUUCCACAGAGGCACAAGGGUGUACCGGCACAAUCAUCUUUGGCAACGUCUUUUUUAAUGGAAUCAAGGAGACGCCCGUAUCCCUAAUUGAUACAGUGGGCAUCGACGACACCGAAAGGGAUACGGACGCCACCAUAAUCUCCGAACUCGUGAUCAAACUAAGAACCAAAUGCGAUCAUGUGAACCUAUUUGUAAUAGCUGUGAAUGGCCAAGAGCCUCGGCUCUAA